CUCCCCAGAUACCGGGUGUUGCCUCCUGUGAGUGUAGUACGUUCUGCGGGUGCUAGGGCGCUACAGGUGUUGUCAGCACGGUGCGACUAGGUAUACACUAGGCUGUAUGGACCUCAAGAGCUCGAGUUCUCACAGAAAGCGGAUGUCAAUAUUUUGCUCUCCAAACUGUUCCAGAGGUGUUGUUAUCUGCUUCAGUUUUCUAUUUUGGGUGACGGGAUGUCUGCUUAUCAUGCUCGGGUUCUGGGUGAUGCUGGACCCCUCCAAGUUCCACUUGCUGCUGCUGAUGACGACGGAGAACGAAGCUCAUUAUUUCGUGGUGGCACUCGCCUACACCUUCUUCUUGGUGGGCUGCGGCAUGUUCGGACUUGUCUUCAUGGGCUGCUGCACCAUUCAAACCAAGGCGUCUCUUAUAGCAGCGUACCUUACUAUCACGGUAUUGUUGGAGUGCAUAGAGUUGGCGGCCGUACUGACUGUCAUCAGUUGUCGCAGCUCCAUGUUGGUAGGGCUUCAGAGUCGCCUGAUAGAAAACCUAAUGGUCAAUUAUGGACACCAGAACAACGAUAACGUUAAUACACACGGCAACAAUGUCUUUACACAAUCUUUGGAUUACACUCAAUACAUGUUGCACUGCUGCGGAGUGACAGGAGCUCAUGAUUAUAACACGUCACGGUGGUUCAACGAGAGCACGCUCAGCAAGGAACCUCGGAACGUGCCGAUCACUUGUUGUCUUCGAACUGAACUGGAGAACUUGGUUAUGUUCCAGGAAAACAGUGUCGGCAGUCCGAUAAGUGUGGUUUCCAGGGUGUUCCACGGCACGGUGGAAGAGGUGUGGCAGAAUCCACGUGUUCAAAGAGAGAUGGACUGUCAGAAUGACAAACCAGGAACCCGUUUCAAUCAGGGCUGCCUGGAGCUCGUGCAGGAUUGGUUCCUUUCUCAGAGUCUAGCAGUUAUACUCAUACUUCUCCUACCAAUGGUGCUCCAAUUUGCCUGUAUUGCUUUCUUUAGCAGUUUGCUGAGGAAACUGUGCCAUCAAGAAGUUCCAGCGGCACCAGGUUCCAGACAUUCCAGUGAUGGAGGAUAAUGGAGAGGAGUUUCCCAACUGGACAGUUUGUGUUGACCACUACAAUACGUGUGUGCCUGUUGUUCACCGACACUGAUGUUCAUGUCAAACUUACAUGUCACAUUGUGUGUGCGUUACACGUGACUGUUGCGUUUUGUUGACUUCUUACUAACAAAGGAAACACUAGUUUUUUAGAAAAAUAUAUUUUUCAUUAACUUUUUAUAAUAAUCUUAACGAAUAAUUUACCCCGAUGAAAUGUCUAUUUUACAUGGGCAUCUACUUAAAAAAAGACUUCCUUACUCAGCUUUUAUACAAACUGAACCAUGUAGCUCGAAGCGCACUUGCGCAUGCGCACAAGCCAUCUUCCCUCAGUACACAUGAAAGCACGCGUUGUAGUUAAACCCAAAAGUAGUUUGGGUAACUUUAGUUGCAUUGAAGGUUGUAUUUUGGAGCGAGUUGUACUCGGUUGAGCUUUGAGAGGGGUAGGCUAUGUGCUGGAGGUGGGGAGCCGUGUCAUCCCCCCUGGUCCGCGCUUCAUGCUGAAUGGUUCAGUCUGUAACCCAAAUUGAAAUGUUACAAUAAUUAUGAAAGUAUAGGUAAGUUAUGUAUAUUUAACCGCGAUAAAUAUGUAAGAUAUCAAUUAUUACAAUAUUGUAAAGAACAUAUUACUUCAAAGAUAAUAAUUUUGUAUAAUCUCUAAUUGAUAAACUCUGAAAUUACAAUUAUAAUUUACUACUAGUUAUUAAAUCCAAUAUUUUAUUCAUUUUUUACAUUAAUAACAGUAAUGCAUAUGCUUAUUUCUAUUUCUUUAAAAUAUAUAAUUUAGUAAUCCUGAAUAAAAAUUUAGUUUGACUUAGCUUAGUCCAUAUUGCAACCACUAAAAUCUUCACGAGAACGUUAAAUUUAAAGUGCCAACACUAUAGUGUAUUUUUAUUGUAUCAGUGUUAUUUUUUAACUGUUGUAAUAAAAAUGUUUUUUAAUUAUGUA